AUGGCUGAGAUAUGUGGAUAUGAUAAUGAGUCAGUCGCAUUUUGGCACAAUUAUGGUAGACUCGGUGAAAAAAUGAGGCUUGUUUCAACUGAUUUUGAAGCUAAUUUAGUAUUCAGAAACAUCCCUCGAGAUAGAGUAAUUGAGGUUUACUUUGAACAUUUAGAUUCCUAUAUUGGAAUGGAUAUCAGCAACAAUGUUGAACAGAAUAGAAAAGAGGGAAGGGCUGAAUAUUCUUCAAGUGAUGAUGAUUUUGAAGACUCGGAUAAUGAUUUGUCAGAUGAACAUGAUAUUUUAGAAAGGAGUGAAAAUGGGACACGUGAAUAUGAAGUUAGCGAAGCAGUGCGAAAAAAGAUGGCUCAUGAAGAUGGAGAUUCUGAUUGUGUUAACUCUGAAGGGUUCAAGAGCUUAGAAAGUGAUUCUAAUUCAGAUGAUAUGAACUUAACUGUGUUCAACCCAAAUACAGAUGGGUUGUAUCCUAUCCUGACACUUGAAUUGAUAUUUAAAAGUAAAAAAGAGUUCAAGAAUGCUGUGAUAACUCAUGAAGUCGGUCAAGGAAAGUAUAUAAAAUGGCGUAAGAAUGAUAAGGAAAGGAUACGAGCAGUUUGUGCAAAGCAUCCAGAUUGUGAUUGGGAGAUUAUGGCUUCUAAAAUGUAUAGAGAUUGUGCUUUUCAAGUAAAGACAUACAAUCCGACCCACAAGUGCAAAAAUUGGAACCAUGUUAACAAAACCAUCACAUCUUCGUUCAUUGCUAGAAAAUAUCUUGAUGCCAUAAAAACAAACAGGAAUUGGAAGAUCUCUGAAUUUAGAGAUCAUGUUAGUAUUCAGUUAAGAGCACACGUGACAUUAUCUAAAUGUAGAAGGGCAAAAAAGAAGGCAAUUGCAAUAAUCGAUGGAGAUAUCUUUGAUCAAUUCAAGCUAUUGUGGAACUAUUGCAAUGAAAUAGUGAGGACAAAUCCAAAUACUUCUGUUUAUAUGAAGUUGGUUGAAAAUGAAAAAUCCUGCAAGCCUGAAAGAUUUCAGAGAUUUUACAUUUGUUUUAGUGCUUGCAAGAAAGGAUUCAAGAGUGGUUGUAGAAAGAUAGUAGGAGUGAAUGGUUGUUGGCUCAAGGGUCCGAUGUAUGGGACUCAAUUGUUAACUGCUGUUGGGCUUGAUCCUAAUAACAAUAUCUAUCCGAUAGCAUAUGCAGUUGUGGAGAAAGAAAAUCGUGAGUCAUGGGCAUGGUUUUUGGAUUAUCUAAAGCUUGACUUGGAGAUCGAUGAUGGAGCUCACUGGACCUUCAUGUCAGACAAGCAAAAAGGUCUAAUAGAAGGAUUUAAUGAUAUAUUACCUUUGGUCGCUCAUAGAUUUUGUGUUAGACACUUGCAUAGUAAUUUCAAAAGGGCCGAAUUUUGUGGUGACACACUAAGAAAUGCACUUUGGAAAGCUGCUAGUGCGACAACAGUAAGUUGGUUUGAUGAACGCAUGGUUGAAAUAUUUGAUUUGGAUCCCGAAGCUGCUAUUUGGUUGAGAGAUAAGUCACCUAGUGAAUGGUCUAAAUCUCACUUCUCCGAAGAUGCAAAAUGUGAUACCUUAGUGAAUAACAUAUGUGAAUGUUUUAAUAGCAUGAUAUUGGAUGCAAGAGAUAAGCCUAUUAUCACUCUUCUGGAGAAAAUUCGGUAUAUGCUCAUGACAAGAAUACAAGCAAAUAGGGAUAAAUCUGUCAAGUGGAGUUCUGAUGAUAUUUGCCCCAGAAUUAAAAAUGUAUUGUGCAAAAGUCAAGCUGCUGCUGCUGAAUAUAUUCCUAGAAAAUCAAAUGAGUGGAACUAUGAGCUUAUAGGAGCUAGCAUAAUUGACAUUUGGGCCGUAGAUUUGUUAAACCGAAAAUGCAGUUGCAGAAAAUGGAAUUUGACAGGGCUACCUUGUAAACAUGCUAUAUCAGCAAUUUGGGCUAAAAAUGAUGAAAUCAGUUCGUAUAUUGAUGAUUGUUAUAAGGUGGAAACUUAUAGAAGGAUCUAUGAAUUUGCUAUUCUUCCUAUGAAUGGUCAAAGUAUGUGGCCGCAACAUGAGAAUAUUCCUCCUUUGCCUCCCAGAGUAUUUGUCGCAGUUUCUAUGCUAGUUUUUGUGCGCCUUGGUGCUGAUUUUUGGUGGUUGGGUGCUGCUUUUGGUGCUGGUUUUUGGUGUUUGGUGCUGGUGUUUGGUGGUUGGUGCUGCUGUUUGUGCAGCAGUUUGGUGACGUUUUUGGAGCUGUGUGUGCAGCAGUUUGGUGACGUUUUGGAAGCUGUUUUUGUGCAGUUUGGUGCUGAUUUUUGUUUGGUGCUGAUUAAGCAGUUUUCUGCUGGUUUUUUGGGUGUUCUGGUGCUGCAAUUCGAUCAAAGUUUGAUAGCUGCUAUUUUUGUUGUAGUUUAA